AUGCCUUCUGCCGCAGACUCCACCGCUCCCCAGGACAACCCCUGGAAGAACACUAACACGCCCCUAAAUGGCAGUGACUUGGUAUCCUCAAUCCACCGUGAAUCGUACCCAGCAAUUUCUCCCUCUCGCCCAAGUCUUUCACAAGCUGGCCACACUGUCCUCGUCGCCGGAGCAUCUACUGGUAUUGGCUACAGUAUUGCCGAGUCAUUUGCUGCUGCAUCUGCCGAUCGUGUAAUCAUCACUGGUCGCCGUCAGGAUGUACUGGAUGGCGCUGCUGAGAAGAUCAAGGCCAAGUACCCCAAAGUUCAAGUUGUUUCCAUCAUCAACGAUUUUGGCGAUGAAGCUGCUACUCACGAAUUUUGGAACAAGCUUGCCCACGAUGGCAUCUUUGUCGACGUCCUGGUCUUGAGCGCAGCCAGGAUGUGGUUGCCAAAUACGAUUCUUGGCUUGGGUUACGACACCUUCAAAGAUGGUCUUUCGAUCAACCUUACUGCGCCCUAUCUUUGGACGACCCUGUUCCACAAACAAAGGGAGUUAAACCCCUCGAGAAAGCUGGCCCUUCUCAACCUCUCGAGUAUUGUCAUUCACGCGACUCUAGCGGCCGUACCCGUCCCUUUGUACUCGCUCACUAAAAGUGCCGGUACAGUGUUGAUGCAGCAUAUUGCCAUGACUGUCCCAUCUAGUGAGAUGCAGGUCAUUAGUUUUGAGCCAGGACUACACUACACGGAGUCUUUUGAACGGUUCACUGACGAAAGCAGCUUUCAGUGGGAUGAUAUUAAACUGCCAGGUGACUUUGCGGUUUGGGCUGCAUCAGAGGAGGCCGAGUUUCUUCAUGGUCGCUUUGUUUGGGCUAAGUGGGAUGUCGACGAGCUCAAGAAUGGUUCACUGCGAAAGCAGAUUGAGAGUGACCCUUCACUAUUCAGAGUCGGUGUAAAUGGAUGCUAG